CACAAGGAACGGUUUGAUACAUAUAUUGCAAUGGCUUCGGUCGCAACAGGAGUGACCACUGCGAUGGUCUUGCGGCAUUCCCUGAGGCACCUCCGCGGAUGCCAACAUUGCGUCGACCAAGCCGGUGUUAGGAGUGGAUCAACCUUCCGGCUACGGAAUCACAAUCCCCCGCUUCGCACUCUGUCGUCUGCAAAGAAAAAGACAGAGAUGGAUCCAACCGAGCAUCGGUCGGCGAAAGCAUGGACAUCGGCGUUUGGAGAUACCUCCGAGGACGAUCGCGAAAACAGAGUGCAAAUUGGAGAGGAUUUUUUGGGACCCGCGGCCGUUGGCCGAUCUCGCAAACGACCUCGGCCGUGGCGUAGUGGUCAACGAAAUGCCGCUCCUUCGUUCUCGACCAGGGAUGGUCAAAAGAGUGCCACAGAUACUGUUACAUCUGUCGACAGCAAACACCGCGUGCCAACAUCCUCCAUCGAUUCGUCUUCCCUGGUGACAUCGGAAGAACCAGUCACCGGUGGAGACCUCAAGAAAAACGACGAAUCGUUAUCGCUGCCGUACCCCAAGGGAAAGCCGUGGAGGGUUUUGUUUCCGUAUCCCCACGGAGAACCUACGAAAUCACCACGGCAAUCGCUCUGGGACUUUCACAAGCGAAUACCGAGCUUGGAGCAAUUGCGACGAGCAUGGGAGUUGUACAAGAAAACAUGGGAGGACGGAAUCCAGGGAAACCCCACCGAACGGAACGACGAGAACGAUGUGGCAACGAAAGUCAGCAGCAGAAAGGGUGGCGGCGACGAUGGCGACUACCUCGCAAAGGAAACGGAGCAACAACUGCGGGAGAUUGGCGACAACGCAACCAAGAACCUGAACGCCGUCCGCAAGGAUGCCCAGAACCUUUUGGAACACGCCAAGGAAACGACCGGAAUCUACACCCAGGACGAUGCCAAAGCACUGGCAUCGGAAGCGAUGAAAAUUGCCACGGAAUGCAUCCGCGAAUUCAUGGGUGGGUAUCGAAAGGGGAGGGACAGCGAAAUCGAUAAAAUGCUCCAUGAAUACUUUCAGGAAGAAGACAACAACAACGCUAGAAGUAAAGGAGAAAAUACACAGUUUGCGCCAGAGAGUGCAUUUGGGAAGAACGGUGAUAGAGAUAGCAGUGAUCAAACAAUACUAGCAACAAAACGACGACGCAAGAAAAGGAAGCCCAAGAGGGGAAUUCCAAGGACAUAGAUCGGCACCGUGCAUGCGAUGAGUUUCUUGACCGCUUGCCCGACUUUUGGGUUGACUUUCAUUUUACUUCUUCUUUUGUGCUAGUAUCGUCGGCAUGAAAGAUGACGGAUCCCAAACUUUUGGAAACGAUUAUGUUUUCGUACAGGUCGUUUGUUACGAAGAAAAUUGGGUAAAUGCCUUUGUUUGAUCGGCAAGGGAAAGCACAAGGAAGUCUAUAUAUGGCGGAAGCAUUUCCUCACUGUAGCAUCAUGAAAGUAGUUAGAAUCCGUACUACUUCCCUUCCUUCCAAUCUCUCUCGAGAGCACUACGAGUACGAGUACUACUACCGUAGUCAUGGGAUACAUGAUAGUCCAAGUAUUUGAAGUAUGAUGAAUACGAGUACGUAGCGUACGUACCGUUAGGAACGAAGUACAGUAAUUCGGAUUCCGAGGUCAAUUUAAAAUUGAACCCGAACGAAGGAACUGAUUUACUUCCACGUGGAAUGGACCUGGACUACAUCGACCUAAUUUUGGUCAUUUUCUACUUUUAAAAAUGCCGUUAAAAAAUGCCUGUUUUCGGCUGAAUAAGAAUAAUUUUUGGACAAAAAUACACCAAUUCUCGCUUGCCUCCCGAAACUACGUUUACGUUUACGAUUACGGUCUUCUGGCCAUGGCGGAUAGGGACGGCUAUUGCACAGUGCAUCAUACCAGAAGUUCGUCCACCGAAUAGUGGAAGAGUAGAAACUACCUCGCGAUCGUUUCGAAUUCAUACUUGCACCAAGUUUAACCCGUUGAUGAGACUGGGUUGGAGUCAAAAACGAAGCUUAGUGAGGAUUGAAUUGAAAUAAGUUCCUUCGAGAAGAACAACGAAAAGAGAGUCGAAUACAUACCGCGCGAUAGUAACUAUUCCUUCACUGCUAGAGCACGUUUACUAGUCAGAAAAGACUUUAGAUAAUCCAUCAUGUCGCAAAUGACACCAGCCGAUCAGGCCAUUGUAAGGGCCCUGCCAGGCAACACUGUAUGCUGUGAUUGCGGUCAGAAACACCCACAGUGGGCCAGCGUGAGCUUUGGAAAUAUGUUUUGCUUGGAUUGUAGUGGUAUCCAUCGGUACGUUUCCGUUCGGUUUCACGGAGUUGGAACAGAUCUAUUGUUAUGAAUUAAAUGAUGUCAUAUGGAGCUUUGUGAGCAAUUCUGGCAGUCGAAACAGAAGAUUGCCCUGCUCGCCGUGCCCCAAGGACCUUAACGCUUACAAAUUCCUCCUAAUCCUUUUCUCGGUCCAAAAACACGUUGUAUAAAAUUCUGCCCCACAGUUCAUUAGGUGUUCACAUUU